GGGUGCAGAGCAACCCAGUUUUGACACCUCUCUUGUGCUGGGUGCGCCGGGAUGGCGGCUUUCGAGGAGGUCGGGGUCAGCCCGGAGCUGAUAAAGGCGGUGGAGGAGCUGGGAUGGAUGCUGCCCACGCCCAUCCAGGCUGAGGCGGUGCCGCUCAUCCUCGGCGGCGGCGACGUCAUGGCGGCGGCCGAGACAGGCAGCGGCAAGACGGGCGCAUUCGCGCUGCCCGUGCUGCAGAUCGUUCACGAGACGCUGCGCACGAGGCAGCAGAACAGGGCGGCUGGCACCGGCAGCAAUGGCAGCGGUCAAGGCGGCGGCGGCGGUAGCGACCAGCAGCCGCCGGCGUGUGUGCUCAACUCAGAGGAUCGGGACCCGGUCUUCGCCAUUUCGCCUGACGGCUUGCGCUGCCAGGCCCGCAGCGAGCAGGCGUGGGGCGGGUGCAGGGGCACGGUGGGGGCGUUUGGGGGAAAGGUGUACUACGAAGCAACGGUAGCAGAUGAGGGGUUGUGCAGGGUGGGCUGGUCCACCCAGGCCGCCUCGCUGGACCUCGGCACAGACAAGCACGGCUUUGGGUUUGGCGGCACGGGCAAGAAGAGCCACAACCGCCAGUUUGACGCCUAUGGAGAGCCGUACGGCCUGCACGACACCAUCGGCUGCCUGCUGGACUGCCAGGGAGGCGGCCUGUCCUUCACCAAGAAUGGCGUCCCUCUAGGGCCCGCCUUCCAGCUGCCGCAGUACAUGCAAGGCCAGGCGCUGUACCCCGCCAUCUGCCUGAAGAAUGUCGAGCUGGCGGUUAACUUUGGGGCGCAGCCCUUCAAGCACCCGCCGCCGCCGGGCUUUGUGGGCUUGGCGCAGGCGCCGCGCUCUGCCACCGCCAGCUGGCAGGACGCUCCCGCGGCGGGCGACGGCAGCCGCAAGCCUCUGGCCGUCAUCCUGGAGCCUGCCAGGGACCUGGCGGAGCAGACCCACACCAACAUCUCUCUGUUCCGCAAGCACCUGGCCGCCCCCUCUGUCCGCAACGAGCUGAUGGUGGGGGGCACAAACCCCGCCGCACAGCUGCGCAGCCUGAAGGAAGGGGUGGACAUCGUGGUGGGGACCCCGGGGCGUGUGAUGGACUUCAUUGAGAGCGGCAAGCUGAGUGUGGACCAGGUCAAGCUGUUUGUGCUGGAUGAGGCGGACCGCCUGCUGGACACAGGCAACCAAGACCUCAUCCUCAAGAUGUUCCGCCGCUUCCCAAAGGCGGGCGCGGGGGUGGCGCGCCUGCAGGUGCUGCUGUUCUCCGCCACCCUUCACUCCCCCGAGGUCCGCGCCCUGGCUGCCACCAUCUGCCAGAACCCCAUCGUGAUCGACCUCAAGGGAAAGGAUGCGGUGCCAGAGACGGUGGAUCAUGUGCUGGUGCCCUGCGACCCCCGGGAGGACCGCUCCUGGCUGCAGUCCAGCCCCGCCGUGUACACAGACGGCUGCCACGUGUUGGACAUGACGGGCCCCAACCUGGACACCCGGGAGAACUGGAGCGAGGCGGUGAAGCGACUGAAGCAGCGAUACCUGCAGCGCGUGAUAGAUGCCUUUGCCAUGGACCAGUGCCUCAUCUUCUGCCGCACCAACCACGACUGCGACAACUUGGAGAAGUUCCUCAACGGCCUGGGUGGGUGCGGUGUCCCCUACUCGUGUGUGGUGCUGGCGGGGGCGCGGUCCAUGGAUGAGCGGCGAGCCGCGCUGCAGGCCUUCAAGGAUGGAGACGUGCGCUUCCUCACCUGUACAGACGUGGCGGCACGCGGCAUCGACAUACAGGGCCUGCCGUACGUCAUCAACAUGACGCUGCCAGACAGAUCAGAGGACUACAUCCACCGCGUGGGGCGCGUGGGGCGGCACGACACGAUGGGGCUCGCCAUCUCCCUGGUGGCAACCGUGCCUGAGAAGGUGUGGUACUGCUCCAUCAAGGGCUACAAGCCCUGGCUGCAGCCCGACACCAAAAACACCCAGACCAACGACCGCGGCGGGCAGACCAUCUGGUAUGAGGAGCAGCAGCUGCUGCAGGACAUUGAGAAGCGCCUCAGCCGGCCCAUCGCAGCGCUGGGGCCCGACCUGAGCCUGCCAGCCGACAUUGCGGCGCGGGUCGCGGGCGGCGGCGGCGGCGGCGGCAGCGGCGGCGGCCAGGGAGCCACGCAGUACGGCCAGCAGCGCGGCGGCGGCGUGAGCAAGGAAGUCAUGGAGCGGGUUCAGGCGGUGCGGCCAGCGGUGCAGGAGCUGGCGCGGCUGGAGUUCCAGGCCCAGGCCUCCUUCUUCCAGCUCAAGCGCAAGUGGGCUGCGGCAGCAUGACCAGCUGCCUGUGCGGGCGACAUUUGAUGGCUGUCAAAACCGGCGCUAUGCCUUACUGUAUGGUAUAAGAUCGGAUCAACAGAGUGUGUUGAGCUUAGGCACCAGCAAAAGAUGGCAAUGAGACAGUCGUCGC